AUGUAUGUGCAAGGCGACCCAUUGCAUGCUCGCAAGGUCCUUGCCGAAGAUCAGGACAAGUCUUUCACAGUGUGCCGUACACCCUCGGCAGAAGUGGUGUGUCCGGCGACUUUUGAUCAGGAAAUCGCUGGCAAGCGUCGACCCCCAAUUUUCCGAGGUGCGGUCGCCAGCUGCAGCUGUCGCUUGACAGAACACCGAGGCCCCGACUGUUGCACCCCCAGAACCUCUGCAUCGAUAGGCCUCUGCAGUUGCUUGAACCCUUCAAUUAAGUUACUGGAACAAGCGUCGCUGGCGUUCCGACGCAGGGAUGCUCGGGAUGACGAUCUGAUCUGCUCCCGUAUAUUGCGUCUAAUGUGCCGAGGUGCAGCGUGCAAGGUAUUCCGCAACGUUGUUUCCUGUACCUACUUGCUCGACUUACUUGCGUAG